CUUGCGUUACUUAGACCAAUACUUUAGUUUUUUACUGAAGGGUAAAACGAUAAAUAAAAAGGCGAUUAAAUGUCUCUUCCUGUGAAGCGGUCACUUGACAAAUUGGAAAAGCAGCUUGUUCGAACAGCCCGAGGUUUUUACGAUUACAACUUUAGGCAAUAUUUUGUCCGAAAAUCUAAGGACGAUAUUGCAGCUGCUAGGAAUUUAACCACUGAGGAACAAGAACAAUACCUUCAAGCAGAAGGACGAGAAAUGCUCAAACAGAUGAAGAGGAUGGUUUUGGUGAACCGUAUGUAUGGUUCGCAGCCAGUUUUUUUGGACCGGAAAAAGGAUGGUUCCCCUAUGAAUCCCCAAGAAAAAGAAUAGAGAGCCCACAGUAAAAAAUGUUGAAAAGUUUUCCAUCAGCUGAGUCUAUCUUCUCCACAUAUUAUUAGGGAACGUUUACUUUAUAUGCUACUAUACGUCAGUAUUUGGAAAGGUUAGCACAAUGUUAUCAGAAGCAACUUUGCUCUAUAACUUGUGAUUUGCUACUAGUUUCGUUUUUUCAUAAAAUUAUAAACUCAUCACAGUCAUCAGUAAUUAUCUAUAAAUUGUUUAUCCCCCGAAACUAAUGAAAAGUUCAA